AAAUAGAAAAAUGUCGAAAAUAUUUACACCCACUAAUCAAAUACGCCUUACAAACGUAGCUGUUGUCCGUCUGAAGAAAGGAGGAAAACGUUUCGAGAUAGCCUGCUAUAAAAAUAAAGUUCUAAGUUGGAGAAGUAAUGUAGAAAAAGACAUUGAUGAAGUCUUACAGACACACACAGUCUUCACGAAUGUCUCAAAAGGUCAGGCGGCCAAAAAAGAUGAACUGCAAAAAGCUUUCGGUAAAACAGAUGAAACCGAAAUCUGCAAGGAAAUUCUGAUGAAGGGUGAACUACAAGUAUCCGAAAAGGAGCGGCAAUCCGUACACGAUACCCAGCUAAACGGUAUUAUAAACAGUGUUGCAGCUUUGUGUGUUAAUCCUGAGACUCGAAGACCCUAUCCAACAACAAUUAUUGAGAAAUCACUGAAAGAGGCACAUUUUUCAAUAAAACCAAAUCGUAAUACAAAACAACAAACACUGGAUGCUAUAAAACUACUCAAGGAUCAUAUGCCCAUUGAAAGAUCGCGCAUGAAGUUGCGCGUUUCAUUCGCAGCUAAAAAAGAUAAUGGACCGAAAUUAAAGGAAGCCAUUGUAAAACUGGCUGCCUCAGUAGAACACGAGGAAUGGGAUGAAUCGACCUUGCACAUGACACUGCUGAUAGAUCCUGGAAAUUAUCGUACAAUAGAUGAGUUGGUACGCAAUGAUACCAAAGGCAAAGGUCUGGUGGAAUUAUUGGAGUUGAAGGAAGUUAUAGAAACUGAGGAAAUAUUUUAA